UUUUGGGCCCUGUAAACUCAAAAACUAAGGUCAACUAUUGUUUUCUUAUUGAUUGCAAAUUUUGCAAAUGGAAAUGCAGAAAACUUGGUGUGUGGCUAAGCCAUCAUCAGACCAGGCAACUCUUCUGGCAAACAUUAACUAUGCAUGCUCUCAAGUGGAUUGCCGUGUUUUGCAAAGGGGUUGUCCUUGCUUCAGUCCUGAUAAUCUGAUGAACCAUGCUUCCAUUGCCAUGAAUCUUUACUACCAAUCCAAGGGAAGAAACACGUGGAAUUGUGAUUUCAAAGGCUCUGGUCUCAUUGUCGUCACUAAUCCAAGUUAUGCUACCUGCAUUUAUGAGUAGCUGAGCACUGUAUUGGUUCAAGCAACUGUAUGUUUCCUUUGGAAAUGGAAAACUUGUAGCUUAAAUUAUUAACUUUUCUAUUUUUCAGUAUAUGGAAUAUGUAACUCACUUAAAUUAACCUGGUUGAUUAUAAGCUUCUGCUAUUAAUUAAAUUGGUUAACAAAUGUGAAAAGAUAUUCUCAUGGAAAGCUAAUUUUAGCUGAGAUG